AUGUCACUUUCGGAGACAAAACUCUCUCGAGACAACGCCGACGACGGGAAAGACGACGCGGGACGCCUUCAACAGUACAAGAAUCUCACUAAGCAUGAGGAACUCCGUCGUCGCCGAACCGAAUGCAGUGUGGAGAUUCGUAAACAAAAAGGGGCGGAUCUGAUGAUGAAACGUCGUAAUAUCAUUGAUAACGAAGAUGAUGAUUUGAAUGAAUGCGAAUCAGAGAAUGAGGAUAAAGAUAAGCUGAGCAAUGGCAAUCAAAUGAGCAAUACGAAUCGAUUGUCAAACGAUGAAAUCAAGCAAAUUCUGUCGUCGAAUCCAUCUGAAGACGAUAUGAUUCGAUGCUUCGAAUCACUCAGAAAAUCUCUCUCGAAAACCAAAAAUCCACCAAUCGAUGACGUCAUUCAGUCGGGUCUUAUCAAUGCUCUCGUUCAGGCACUUCGUGUUCAGAACGAUCGUGUGCAAUACGAAGCGGCGUGGGCGCUGACCAACAUAGUCUCUGGAAGCACUUCGCAAACGAUGUCAGCAGUGGAGGCAGGUGCAUGUGCUCCUUUGAUUGAAUUAUCGUGUCAUUCGGAUGGACAAAUCGCCGAACAAGCACUAUGGGCAGUUGCCAAUAUUGCCGGUGAUUCUGCGCAAUUACGUGAUUACGUGAUUGAAUGUCAUGGCGUUGAGGCACUGAUGCAUAUCAUGUCCCGAAUCGAUCAAUUCACCACUUCACACGUUCGUACCAUUGCGUGGGCGCUCUCCAACAUGUGUCGACACCAGAAUCCACACGCACCGCUUCCAGUGCUGAAGGUUCUCGCGAAGGGACUCGCUGCCCUGGUCAAGCACUCGGACCGUCAAGUUCGUCAGGACGCGUGCUGGGCGGUGUCCUAUUUGACCGAUGGACCAGACGAGCAGAUUGAAUUGGCCAGGGAGAGUGGAGUAUUGUCGACGAUUGUGUCGUAUUUGGAUGAAUCGGAAAAUCUGAUUGCACCAGCAUUGCGAACACUUGGCAACGUGGCAACUGGAAAUGAUUCAUUGACUCAGUCAGUUAUCGAUUUGGGUGUCUUGGAUCGAAUGGUCCAAUUGAUGGAGAAGACGAGAUCGACGAGUAUUAUGAAGGAGUGCUGUUGGUUGAUCUCCAAUAUCAUUGCUGGCACUCAGAAACAGAUUCAGGCUGUCCUCGAUGCCCAUUUGCUUCCAAUUCUAGUCAAUAUUCUGAAGUCUGGAGACCAUAAAUGUCAAUUCGAAGCGUCGUGGGCUCUUUCGAACCUGGCACAAGGAGGAACGUCUCGUCAGAUUGUUGCCAUGAUGGAAGAGAAUGUGGUACCUGCAUUGUGUCAAGCAUUGAAUACCACACACAACCAGGAUAUGUUGAAUAACACUCUCGAGACACUCUACACACUCAUGCUCACCGUUCAGACUAGCUACUCGCACAAAAUGGACAUUCUGCACGACGAAGUGGAGGAGAACGGUGGAUUGGAUGCCCUGGAACGUCUUCAAGAAUCACAAUCAGAAUCGAUUUACACUCAGGCCUACCGUAUCAUCACACAGUUCUUUGGCGACGAUGAAAACGAUGAAAAUGGUCAGAAUGAUGAGAAUUCUAGAGCUUCGGCUGCUGGAAUGCACAAAAUCAGUGGAAUUUCUAAGCUCCGCCCCCUUUGA